CCAGAGGAGUGUAAUAAAUAAACGCAAAUAUCACUGUAUGAGGCAGGCGUUGUCGUUUAGGCGACGGGGAGGCUCUUGACUCUGUACCUCGACGUGCUCUGCACUCGAACAUGCAGAGUCAACGAAUUUCUCGCUUUGCCUUCCACCAAUUAACUCCAUAUCAUCAAGGCCUACGUUCUCUACCUCGCGGCUAUCACAAGCUCAAGCCCUUGAAUGGUGGGACUAAUCCUCGGUUGCGCCUCCCGACGGAGCUUGUCUAUCCCAUUCUGUUGGAUGUGCUGCUAGAAUACUUUGAUGAGCUAUUCACUGUUGCUGGAGGCGUGAUACACAGCGAUGGAUCGAUCUGGACGACGCGACUUACUAGUAAUCCUGUCACCCCGUUUCUGGUAGUCUCGUAUCAAUUCAGAGCCAUAACGGUGGAAAUUCUCACCAGGAUUCUUGGAGUACGACCCAGUCUAGGCGAAAGACUACUUAUCUCACACAAACUUCUGUGGCGCCACCUCGCACCCCUCCUUACUUUCCUAAGACGGAUGCGCCAAGGUAAUUACAUACUUGCCGUAAUUCCCUGGGAAUGGCUGCGGGCCCAUGGCACGUCUUUCAUCAACUACUACCUUCUUGACGCCACAAUAGAGAAAGGGUGUCGUAGCGUAUCUCAGCAGCCUUGGAUGAUGCCCACACAGGAUAGGGAGUAUCCGGCCGUAUGGAGAAGUUGUCUUAUACUUGUUGACCGUGCGCCUCUUUUCUAUCGAGAGCGGUAUAGAAAACGUUGUGCACGUGCACUGUGGGACUGGUUCCAAGUGAGGCAUUUCGUGACCCAUAGAAGCGGAGCAAUACGACUCUUCAACACGUUGAACCGAACUGGGGCCCUGUUUAGGUCGAGAGGGAUGCAGCUCCCCGAGGCGUUUGUCGAGAAGGUUUCUGAAGAAAUUUGUGACCAUUUGAAAUUCUUGGAUCCUCAUCACGGAGCACUUCGUGCAGAACAUCUGCGUAUCCGGGAGCAGUUUGGGUAUUUUGACGAUGAAGCGAGUCAGCAGGUCUUCAAGGUUACGCAGACCUUGUCCCGAUCCUCACUCAUAUUCCUCUCUUGAAGUCCUAUAUGAAUUCGAGGCAGUACGCUGAAUGUGACAAACACGCGCGAAAGAUCAUAUACCAUUGGUCCUUGGAAGGACCCACGUUUGCCGAUGUACUCUUGGAUAUCUAUGCACCUCCUGCAGAUCUGGAUCACUGAACGUCGUCUCUUGCCUCUCUUUGAUCGAAAGCGAUGAAGUCAGGCCUUGGAGAACUAUGUCAGUGAUCCAAUGACUAUGUUGACCCUAUGAUUCCCCUCCUCCCCUGCUGACUCGACCGAGAACGAUUUACGUAUCUUGAUAUACUAUGUUCUGUUUCUUUUAUGAUGUGUAAUGCCUCUGGAUUGUACACUCUCCAAUGACCUCUUGGACAGAAUGAGAUUUAUGGACUGCAACGUCGAUUAUCUUUGGAGUGAUUAUACCGAGCUUUUGAUUUACUACGCGGUCCAGACCUAAUCCUCAACAUCUAAAGUGUUGUAGCAGAAAGGAACUUCAAAAGCAACCCGAUGUGACCAUGUGCAGUGGCUGAUGGGAAAGUAUGGGUCGAAGGGGGGUAAGUAUAUUGAAGUUCUUGCUCUCAAACAAGAGUUUCUAUGAAAGAAUGCCAAGAUAUUAACUAUCUAG